ACAAAAAUCUCAAUCUUAGUAAUACAAAAAAUUAAAAAGGGCGAAACUGUCAUUCCAUUUUUGCUUUUUGACUUCCGGUCCCGGAAUUACAGGGUGAUAUGCACAAAAAAUGAACAUAAUUGUUACUCACUUUUCUCAGAGAUGGCGUGAUCGAUUUUCACAAACUUAUGUCGUUUUCGUUUUUAAAUUGCACUACACCGGUGUAGCGGUGUUUGCACUAAAUCCGUUCGUUUUUGCAAAUUGCACUACACCGGUGCUACACUUUUUCUGCACCGAUACCACUGGUGUAGCACUCACCAAAAGAUCAGUGUAGCACUGCAGGAUUGAUUCGUUUAUCGGUAGUCAAGGGUAACUGUUUAUGUUUAUUGUUUACCAAUCAAUCAUACUCACAAGUAUGGACAACCUGUUGAAUCUUUUCCAAAGUUCGAGUUCAGAUUCCGAUGAAAUAAUAUUACAAAUGUUGCAACAAAAUCGUCAAAAAAAGAAACGCGUUCAGGAUUUCAUGACGGAAGUAGUUCAGUGCUAUACCGAUGAACAAUUUCGAGCAAAUUUCCGUCUAACCAGAGACACGGCCCAGUAUAUUAUUGAUUUGUAUAAAUCAUCCACCUUUUUUGAACAAAACAUAGGAACUGGUAGAAGAAGUGUAUCUCCUGAGCGACAGGCUCUAGCUUUUCUUUGGUUUGCCGCGAACAAAGAUUCCUACCGUGAGGUAGGAAAUAUAUUCAAUAUGACGGAGUCAACAUGCUUCAAGCAUUUCGACACAUUGUUGAAUUUUUUCCAUGACAUUUCGAGAACAAUUAUAAAAUUUCCUCAAAGCGAUGCAGAAAAGGAAACGAUUGCUCGAGAUUUUGAAAAACUUUCAAAUUUCAAGAAUGUAAUUGGUUGUAUUGACGGAUCAUAUAUUUCAAUAAGGAAACCAAAAAAUAAGAUUCGAUCCACAUACACCAACAGACAUGAUAUGUUAUCCAUUACACUUCAAGCCAUAUGCGACAAAGAUAAAAAAUUUUUAGAUGUUUUCAUUGGGCCACCCAGUAAAGUUCACGAUUCGAGAAUUUUUUCUAUGUCAAGUAUUAGCCGUAAGCUUCCGGAUAUAUGCGGACAAAAAUACCACUUAUUAGGAGAUGCUGCAUAUCCUAUCAGGGAGUAUUUAUUAACUCCGUACAGAGACAACGGCCACAUGACCAAUAAAAAAAUAAUGUUUAAUUUGCAUCACUGCCAAACAAGAGUGGUGAUUGAAAACUGUUUCGGUCUUCUGAAGCAAAGGUUUCGACAACUCACUCGUUUGGAUUUCCAUACGACUUUAAAACAUUCUAAAUUCGUAAUGGCAUGUUGUGUUCUUCACAAUAUUUGUAUCGUGCGUAACGAUACACUCGAAGUGGGCACCGAACAAACAAGCGUUCCUUCUAAUGUUUCCAGUGAAUCGCGAAGAAUUGAAAACGGAUUGCGUAAUGAAGCAUUGAGGCGUCUAGGCGAACUAAAACGUGAUGCUAUAGCAAAUUACUUUACGCAAUAG